GUGCAGCAAAUUCGCGCCCGAACGCCGCCCUCAACGUAGCCGACCAUGGGAAAAUCCAAGUUUCCCGGCAAACCGUCGCGUUUGGUGAACAAGAAGCGCGUCUCGGUCCUGUCGCCCGCCGGGCUCACGCUGAGCGAUGAGGACAACCAGGAGAAUGGCCAACAACAGCAGCAGCAGCAGCAACUGCUACAACAGCAACAGCAGCAUGCACUCGUCGCAUCAGCUGCUGUCGCUUGUACGGCGCCAACCGCCUCCCCUUCCGGCGGUGCCGCGCCGGCGCCUACCGUUGCUUCGCGAACGAGCAGUGAGAAAUCCACCUUCGCUCACCGAAGGGAACACCACUCAUCUGUGACGGCAGCGCGAGCAACAACAAAAACGUCAGCAUCGUCCGGCACGUUGGUGGUAGAGAACGAUAAUUGCAGACGAAACGGCAGCGCCCGAAACGGUGACGAACACGAAUCAGCAGCAUCAAAGGAUGGCGCCAAUGGUAACGAGGCCGAUAACGAUGCGAAUGACAACGACGACAAUAUCGGCGAGGAAGAGGAGGACGAGGAGGACGAUGACGACGAGGAGGAGGAUGAGGAGGACGACGAUGAGGACGACGACGAGGACGACGACGACGAAGAGGAAGACGACGAGGACGAGGAAGAGGAGGAGGAGGAGCGCGCGGAUGGUCACGAAGGCGGAGAACCGGGCCAGGAAGGACCGACGGUGAGCACAACGACGACAACCACGACCACGACGAGCGCAUCCUUGUCGACCAGCACGUCGUCGACCACGGCUACGGCAUCGCUGGCGACGGCUGGCGUAAAUGGUGCCCCAAGCGAACCAAAGCCACUCGUCAAAGUCACCGGCCAGCAGCAGCAACAACAACAACAGCAGCAGCAGCAGCAAACCCACUCCAACAAGCUGGCAACCGCCGGAAAUGGGUUCGAAAUGAAACCAUCCUCGCUGUCGUCGGCCCUAGCGCGUCGCUGUCCUCCGUCGGGAGCGUCAUCGCCGGUUUCCGGUCGCACCACCCGGCAGCAGUCCCCAUCGUGCCACUCGCCGACGACCGUCGCCGCCUCGAAACCCAUCCCCGGUGUGGGUGAGGCAGCGAUCGAGCAUUCCUCGCCGGUGGGCGAUACUUCCGGCCCGGCUAAUGCGGCACCGGCGACGGUAAUGGGCUCGAAACCGACGCCAUCGUCACCGGCGACACUGGUGCCGCUGGUUGUGGCGGCGCCGCCGGCAAAGAAGAAAUCCGUCACAUUCCACCCGACGCUCGAAACGACGGACGAGAACAUUGUGCGGAAGGUGUACAACCCGGCCUCGGUGCCGCUGCCAUCGAUCAUCAAGAAGGAAUGCCUCGCCCACCCGAUCCGGCUGAAGAAGAGCUUCAACCGGAAGAUGAAGAAGCGCCUGCAGCGGGCGGCGGCGGCGGCGGCAGCAGCGGCCGUUGCAGCAGCGGCUGCCGCAGCAUCCGGCACUGGCACCGCCGGUGCCGCCAGCAAACCACUCGAAUGCAUCGUGCGGCCCUCCCGGCUGACGGAAAUUGUGCUUAAAUCGAGCGGCAAAGCGUCAGCCGCUGGAGGAUCGCCUUCGUCCGAUGGCGUCGGUGGACUCGGGUUCGGUCUGAAAGCACCCACCGGAAGCGGUGCGGAGCAGACGGACGCCGGUGCCGGUGCGGCGGUGGUGCCGUUUGGGGCGGCGGACGGUGCCGGUCGACCGGUGGCUUCCGCAUCGACCACCGCAGGAGCAGGAGGUGACGGCCUCGAUACGCUUCGCAACCUCGAAAGCGGCGGAACACAGUUUGGCGACAAGCGGUUCAUCCUGCCGAAGCGGAGCGCCCAUUCUAGUCGUGUGAUAAAACCGAACAAACGGUUCCUGGACGAGUUCGAGCUGGAGAUUAAGAAGAAGAACAAAAAUCUUGCCGCGGCAGCUGCCGUUGCAGCUGCUGCAGCGGCGGCCGCAGGGGCGGGAGCGGGCUCGGGAAGUGGGAGUGCAGCAGCCGUGGGAGGCACGUCGGCGGGCACAGCAGGAGCUUCAGCCUCGCUGGCAGGCCACGGAAACGCUCCGGAUGCUGGCAGCAGCAUGGGCCACGGAAAUGAUGAUGAUACUCCUGCAAGUACCGGCGAGGAAACGAAGCGAAGGAAAGACAAGAAGAAGCUAGAUGACGCUACGUUGCCAUCGGAAAAGUCAAACAGUGCAGCAAACCCGAUGGACCUCCCUCCAGACAGUAGCUCACUUCGUGCCGCCGCCCGUCCCCCAAUGAAAGCCAUCAGUAUUAAUCCAUUCGCAAAGACAUCACUUACGGACCCGAACUCGAAGCUGGUCAAACCCUCACAACUGUCACCGGCGGGAGCAGCUGCUGGCCAAGCGUCUGCCCCGGCUGCGCAAACAUCGUCUACAACCAGUGCAAAUCUCUCGACGGCCGCGUCGAUCUUCGGGAAAAGUAUUCUUCGCCAGCCACGUCUUCAGUUCGCGACGUCGCUCCUCAACAGCACCGGUGUCGGUUCGAAUGGCGGCUCGGCGUCUAGCAGUAUUACUUCCAGCAAUUCCACCCAGUCAUCCGUGUCGCCCGGUUCGCAACCGGCCUCGGCGGUACCACCAUCCGCACCGUCCUCAAGCACUCUGUCCGCUCCGGAAGGUCUUUUCAGCAUGCACCUGAAGGCGAAGGCAAAGCUGGACUCGUCGAAGAUCUUCUCCCAGGCGCUAGCGGUUGCGUCCGGUGGUCAGGGCAAUCAGAGCGCUGCCCCCACCGGUGGAACCCUUGGGUCAGCCUGUGCCAUCUGCUGCAUCCCCGUCAACUCGCGGCACUACGCUCAGCCGACGAAAAAACAUGGCGUCAGCUGCUGCGACGUGUGCCGUAAAUUCAUGUCGAAGAUGAUGAAAAAGCUGGCCAACAACAACGGCAGCAACCCGGCGAGCCCCAACCAAGCGGCCGGUGGAAACGGUGAGGUGGCGAUGCUCAAGUGCAAGAACGAGGGCAAGUGUCUUAUCGCCCCACCGGUGCAGCUGCUGCGGCCCGAAGCGGUGAAAACGCGUCACAUUUUCAAGGAACGCUGCCACGCGUGCUGGUUACGCAAGUGUCUCGGAAACUUUCAGCUACCACCGGUGCUCAAGAUUCGCCUCGGACAAAAACUCCCACUCUCGAUGCGUACGCUUGAAACGAUCGCUGGUCCUGUCAGUUCCUUGAAGAAGGAUUCUUCGGCGGAUGGAAAUCUGUUCAGCAGCAGCAUUGCGGACUGCGCCGCUUCGACUGCGGGUUCGCGGAUCCUUUGGAACAGCGGAGGUGAUAUGAAAGGCAGUAGUCUGGUCGAUGGAUUCAACAAGUCCUCAAACCCGUUCCUGACGCUACACUCGAACCCGCUUUCGCAGAACAACAACACGUUCGGUAGCUUGCCACAAAUCAAGCUGACGCUCGGAGGCGAACGACACAACAUCAUGUCCAGCCCCAGUAGUAGCUCCUCCGGUGGAAGUUCAUCCGGUGGGAAGAGUCCUCUCGCGGGUAGAGAUGAUUUCUUUACGUCCGGGGAGCAACGGACAGGAAGCAGUAGCAGUAAGGAAAAACAUGACGAGUCACGAAAGGAAGCUAAGGAGGAGUUGGAAAACACUUCCCUCAAGGCACCACCACGGACGAGGAGUAAAUCGGAAGCAAACGGAGGCAGCAGUGGCAGCCAACCGACAGACACAUCGUUGCCAACGGCCACUGAAGGAUCACCUACUACUUCGGUUGCAGUUGGUGCUGCUGGUGUUGCUGCACAAUCAACCACUUCCACCGGUCCAUCGGCGGCUACACCGGGAGCGAAUCUAACCGCCACAGAUAAGCGGCAACGAAUCGACCUGAAAGGGCCGCGCGUAAAACACGUCUGUCGCAGUGCAUCGAUCGUGCUCGGACAACCGUUAGCCACCUUCCCCGAUGACGCAACAGGCUCGCCAAGCGGUGGUGCCCUGGAGAACAUCGAAACACCCCCGAGCGACAGUGCGGCCGAACCGGCUGAAGAUAUUCCGCUGAUGGAUCGUGAACGGCGUAGCUCGAAGUCAACGCCUAAACGAAACGAAGACGCUGAAGGCGAAUGCAACGAUUGUAUCGAUCCCACGGUGACACUUUCACCUCCAGCGACCCCGGAUGAAGAGAGUGCCACUGGCCAGGUCAGUGCAUCGCCUACGAAAGACAUACCCUUCGAUGCGGACACGAGUGGAUCGACGGAGAAAGAGUUGGUAAUCGAUGAGGAUCAACUGCCGUGCGAUGAGCUACCGGAAGAAGGCGAGUCGCAAUCGAGCGACAUGAAACCGAUCGUUGUCGCUGUUGAAGCACAACCGAAACAGGAACCUGCUCGCAUCGAGGAGCCGGAAAGGAAACCAUCAACGGUGGCGCUCGUGAACGUAAAGAAAAUGGAGGACGGCGCGGAUAAACCGACGACUCGAAAGACAGCAUCCUUCCGGCCACAGGCUAUAGGAAAGGGUCCGGCAAAUAUAAGCGGUCGUAAGCAGCAGCAGUCGCAAGUGUCCUCGCUGAUGAACUCCCUCGCCAGCCGGGGAUCAUCGGGCACCGCGAGGCUGGUACCCGAUUCGGCACUCAUUUCGAUCGAUUUCUGGGAGAACUAUGAUCCGGCCGAGGUAAGCCGCACCGGAUUCGGUCUCAUCCUGUCCGAAACGAUGCCCGUUAGGGCGCUCUGUUUCUUGUGCGGCAGUGCAGGGCAGGAAGACAUGCUGUUCUGUGUGUGCUGCUGCGAACCGUACCAUCAGUACUGCGUGAAGGAUGAGUAUAACCUGCGCACCGGAUCGCUGGACGAUACGAUGAAUCUCAGCCUGCUGGAUGUGACGCUUGGCGCGACACCGCAGCAGCAGCACCAGCAACUAUUGCUCGGCCGCUACAACUGGAUGUGUCCACGGUGUACGGUGUGCUACAGCUGCAACAUGGCGACGGGAGCGAAAGUCAAGUGUCAAAAGUGCGCCAAACACUAUCACACCACCUGUCUCGGGACGAGCAAGCGGCUGCACGGGGCCGAUCGGCCCCUGAUCUGUGCCGCGUGUCUCCGGUGCAAGAGCUGCGGUACGACAAGUGUCACCAAGUUCAUUGGCAAUCUGCCCAUGUGUACGCCCUGCUUUCGGUUGCGCCAGAAGGGUAACUACUGUCCGCUGUGCCAGAAGUGCUACGAGGAUAACGAUUUCGAUCUGAAGAUGAUGGAGUGUGGUGACUGCCGGAGGUGGGUGCACGCGCGCUGCGAGGGACUGACGGACGAGCAGUACAACAUGCUGAGCGUGCUGCCCGAGAACAUCGAGUUUAUCUGCAAGAAGUGCGGGAAGCACAACGACACGACGGCGCACCUCUGGAGGGAUGCUGUGGCGGCCGAGUUCAAGGCGGGCCUGCUGAGCGUGGUGAAGUUACUAAGCAAAAGCCGGCAAGCGUGCGCUCUGCUUAAGCUUAGCCCGCGAAAGAAAACUCCAAACUGUACCUGUGGCGCCGGUGGAACAUCGAUCGCUGCCAGUGCCAUCACCAAUGGGAAGAACAUUUCGUUCUUUUCCGGAGGUGCCGCCAUCUCCGGGGAGCCGAUGAGUUCGACGGCGAAGAAGCCCAAGCUGGACGAAGAUUCGAUCUACGACUUUAGCAGUGAAAACAGUUGCGGUAGUAGCAGUGGAAACAGUAACGCCGGAUACGCCGUAGUUCCCGUGCCUAACAAGUGUUACUGUGCGCAGAAACAGGCCAUGGCUCGGGGUUCGCAAAGUGGUGGGGACAUCACGCUUGUCGACAUCAAGCAAAAGAUCAACGCAAACGAGUACUACUCGCUGCAGGACUUCCACUACGAUAUGAACACGCUGCUCAAUGCGGUCGGCUCCGAGGAACUGACGGUAGCGUACAAGGAGUUCCUCAGCGAGACGUUUCCGUGGUUCCAGAACGAAACCAAAGCGUGCACGGAUGCGCUUGAGGAAGCGAUGUGUGGGGAAGUGGAGCAACAACAACAUACGGGAAUCGGGAUGGAUCGGUACAACAACCCAUCGGCACAUGGUUCAUUCGGUCACGUCCCUCAGGCCGACAUCCCACUCGAUGAGCUAAGCGAUUACUUUCACGAUGCCGAUGAGGAACCUCUCGACACCCGCAGCUGCAUGCUAUGCAAGGAGCAGGGCGAAGGGCUACCGCUACACACAUCGCGCCUGCUUUACUGCGGCCAAAACAACUGGGUGCACACCAACUGUGCCCUCUGGUCGGCGGAAGUGUUUGAAGAAAUCGACGGCUCGCUUCAGAACGUCCAUUCGGCUGCUUCCCGCGGACGGCUCAUCAAGUGCUGCCAUUGCGGCGUCAAGGGUGCCACCGUGGGUUGCAACGUGAAGAACUGCGGCGAACAUUACCACUUCCCUUGUGCACGCCGCAUCAGCUGCGUGUUUAUGAUGGACAAAACGGUCUACUGUCCGGCGCAUGCGUCCGAGGCGCGCAAGAAGCGCUGCUCGGAUGAGAAAAACUUCGAGAUCGCCCGCUCGGUGUACGUGGAGCUGGAUCGACGGAAGAAGCGAUUCGUCGAGCCGUCGAAGGUGCAGUUUAUGAUCGGUUCGUUGAAUGUGCGCCGGCUGGGGCACGUGGUGCCAAUGUUCAGUGACCACGAGGACGUGAUCAUACCGACCGACUUCGAGUGUACGCGUCUCUACUGGUCGUCGAAGGAACCGUGGAAGAUUGUGUCGUAUCGGAUAAAGACGACCAUCCAGAAUAACAGCCACUGCUAUGGGACGGAUUUGGGGAAAAACUUUACGGUGGACCACUCGUCGAGUAGUAGUGCCGUGCAGUGGGGUUUGUCGCAGAUUGCCCGGUGGCAUACGAGUCUUGAGUAUUGCGAAGGGGACGAUGAACAGCAACAGCAGCAGGUUGGCUGCGAGUUUCAACAGCAAAACAUCAGUAUCACCGGAGACGACACGAAUGACGAGGAACCACAGAACACGAACGAUCUCCUGCCGCCGGAAAUCAAGGACGCCAUCUUCGAGGAUCUACCGCACGACAUUCUAGACGGCAUCUCGAUGCUGGACAUCCUGCCGAAGCUGAUGACGUACGAGGAUCUGCUCGCGAUGGACCUCAAGAACGACACGAACUUUAGUGUUGACCUUCUGAAGGAAACGAUACCGCACGGUGUUGGUGGGAAUGGGGCGUCAUCUUCGUCCACCACAGGCACUAGCAAGCCGGAAGAUCACGGCAUGGAGGUGGACGAUAUGGACACCCUGAACGAUGCCAUCGGAGGUGGUGGUGGCGGUGGUUCCGAGCUGAGCAAUGACAGCUGGGCGAAAACUAUCGGUGCGCCUGGUGUCGAGGAUGCGCUGCUCUCGGCCAUCAUGAAACCAUCCUCCAUCGGCGGUCACCAUCGCGAGCUGAAGCGCAGCAAGUCGGAUAUACUCGGGGCGAUCGCCGCGGGGGCUGUAGCAGGGCAGACACAACAGACGCAGCAGCAGCAGCAGCAGCAGCAACGUGGCCAACGAUCCGGUAGUUUCUCCUGGAACACGAAGCAGCUUGAGUCAACCGCGGCCGUCGUGGCCAAGCGAAGAAAGAUCGCCAAAACCAACAUCAAACUGUCGGACGUGUUCUCGUUGGGAAGGAUCAAGGAGGACACGUUGUCCGGCACGGCAACGGCGAUGGUGUUACAGGAGCGCCGAAAGUCACUCCAAAGUGACGAGUUUCCCUGGGCAUCGGUGAAAAAGAGUGGCACUGGAGAUGGUUCAGGGUCGGUGGGCGAGGGUAGUGUGUUUGAGAAGUUGAAAAUUUCACAACUGGAUGGUGUGGACGACAUCUGUCUCGAUGGUAGUGCACCCGGUGGUGGAGUGGUCGGCGAGAUGAAGAUCUACUCCUCCCGUUCGAUGAUCGAGGCGCCGGUAAAGUGCGACCGCUGUCAGGCCACGUACCGCAACCAGGAAUCAUACCAGCGCCAUUUGAGUUCGUGUGAGGUACUGUCCACCUCGGAGUCGGAGUCGGAAACGCGUUCCCCGAGGCUACUAAGUCCCGAGCAGCAACAGCAGCAACAACAGCAGCAAAUAAUCACCGGACAGAUGGGGAAUGGCAGUACGUUCAUCUUGCCGCAGGCAACAGGGCAACCGCAGACGAUCACGACCGAUAUUUACGGAAACACGACGACGGGAUACCUUGCCGGUUCGGCGCAAUCGGCCAACCCGACCAUCUCCGUGCUACAAACCGGUCAGACGAUCAAUCUGAACGGCAACCAAGCGAUCCUCUCGAACCUUCCCACCUCGAUGCCGAUCACGAUCAACCAACUAUCGUCCGGCGGCAUACCGAUACAGACGUCCGCUGGAACGCAACAGAUUCCGCUCCAGGGCACCCUGCAGGCCGGUUCGGUUGGGCUGCAAAACAUCGGUGGAAACAUGAUCAUCUCCACGCCGAACGGAACGGGACAACUUUUUACGACGGCAAAUCAAUUUUCCACCUUCCCGAAUCAACAGCAACCUCCGCAGCAGCACCAGGUUCUGCAGGACGCAAACACACAGCAGUUUGUGCACAACAAGCAGCGCUUCAUCCAACCCGCCCCAACGGCAUCCCCGGCCCCCCAAACGCUACAUGCUAAUGCGAUAACGCUGCAGAACAAUUCAUCCCCCGUCACAACGGCACAGACGCUUGGGGGAAUCUUUGGACAACAGCCACAAAUCAUCUCGAUCGGCCCGAACGGUCAGCUUGUGGCGAUUCCUUCCCCACAACAACAGCAGCAACAAUCCGCCGUUCAGCAAACGAUACUUCAAAGUGUCCCUCAGUCGAUGGGAUUGCAGAACGCGAAAAAGGUGGUGUACACAACGGCAUCGCCAAAAAAGCAUCCGGUUAUGGCGAAGGUGUCGCAGCAGCAGCAGCAGCAGCAGCAGGGUGCGGUUAAAACGAAACGUACCCUGUCUUCUAAUGCCACCCCGAAAGCGUCGAUGCAGAUAAAAACGAAGCCACAAGACAACACACCGUUGACGAUUCAUCCACAGGCGACGAUGAUCACAACGGCUGGUGGAGCUGCACAAACGCAGUUUGGAACUGCUCAGCAACAGAUCACCCUUCAACAACAGCAACAACAGCAGCAGCAGCAGCAACAACAACAGCAGAUACAGUUGAUAAACACUUCCUACCCACUGAUACGACCUGCUGGCGCACCAACGGCCGCGCCACAGCAGCAAACGACCGGGAACAUUAUCUUCCAGACGCAAACCCCAACCAACCAGCCAAUCCUCGUGCAGCAGGUAGGAGGCAACCAGAUAUCGUACCUCUCCGACCAGGGCACGCUCACCCACAGCCCAAUGCAGUAUCAGCUCGCACCGACAAACGUACUGACACAGAACGGUUAUGCAAUGACAACCGGGACGGAGCCGGGAACGCUCGCGACCGCAAACAACAUCCUCAUCCCGAACGGGACCGGCGGAUACUCGCUGAUUCCGGCCGGUGCGUUACAGAUCGCAGCCCAACCGCAGGUGAUCGGUACGAUCGUGCAACCACAGGCCGCCACCAUCCAGUGCGGUAUGAUGGCCACCGAGCAGAUGGUUCUCGGGGCGACGGCGGCGGCGGCCGCUACCGCCCCACCGACGCUCGAGAUGAUGGUCACGGAUCCGGCGUCCGGUUGUAUGUACCUUACGAGCCCCUCGGUGUACUAUGGGUUGGAAACGAUCGUGCAGAAUACGGUCAUGUCGUCGCAACAAUUUGUCUCGACCGCGAUGCAGGGUGUGCUGAGCCAGAACUCGAGCUUUUCCGCCACCACGACGCAGGUGUUUGCGGCCAGCAAGAUCGAACCGAUCGUCGAGAUGCCGACGGGCUACGUGGUGUUGAACAACGACGCUACCGGACAACAGAUGAUCGCGGCAUCGACCGCGGUGUCCCAGGCAGGCACUCCGGUUCAGAUCCAAACGUCAUCAAGUAUGGCGGGUGGCGUACCGGGUGGCCAAAGUAUAUUCCAGCAGGCUCAACUUCAGCCGACGACGGUUGUUUCGUCUUCUGCGGGAACGCUUCCGACGGGUCUUCAAACCGCUCAUCAACCGAUAACUUCUAUCCAACAGCAGCAGCAGCAGCAACAGGUGUGGAAGAUCGAACCAUCCUCACCGUCGACGAUAAACAUUCACCCAACAAGCAGCACGAUCACGACGAGUGCAUCGAACACGUCCACCUCGAUCGUGACGCCCCUGAAACCGACGAUGAAAACCAUCAUCCCGAAGGUGGUGAACAAAGUGAUGCCGAACACGGCCAUGAAAGUUCAGCUCACUAGCAGCAGCGAACAGCAACACCAACUGACGUCGGCGAGUGGCACACUAGCUUCGCAGAAGUCCGCUUCCGCCUGCUUCCAGUCGAUCGUGGCCUCUUCGGUCUACACAACGGCGACCGCUCUCACCACCUCGACGAAGGUUUCGAACGUCAUCAAGCCAAUCACGAAAACGACCAAUUACAAUAAACCGAAGAUUGUAGCGAAACCGGUCAAACAGAAGGCGACGGCAACGGCGCUCUUGGUUUCCCAACCACCCAGUUCGACCAAUUCCCAUUUGCCACCCACCGGCUCGACCUACCACCAGCUUUCGCAGCAUCAGCAAUCGCAACUGAUCGCCGCCGGCCUUCAGGGAAGUUCCAUCACGCUCGUUCCGACCAGCAAUAACAGCAGCACUGGCAAUGGCCUGAACGGGGGAAAUAUUCUUUCCCACCAGUCGCACCUUGUGCCGAUCAAACCGAGCAUUGUGGGUAACGCGGGAGGCAUUACGCUGCCCACGAAUCAACUCACCGUCAGUGCGAUCAAACAACCGAUCAUGGUGGAGAAGAUCGGCUCGCAACAACAGCAACAACUAUCGCAGAGUGGUGGAAAGAUAAUCCUUCAACCGAACAACACGCUGAAAAAAGCCAACCAAUCGGCGCUGGGGAAGAAACAGGACACAAAGCAGCUACUGGCACAGAAGGGCAUGAUAUCGUUGGGUCAUAAUCAGUCCGCCGUGCCACCGGUACAGUUGAUCAACUACGGCCAGGUUCAGCAGCAGCAACAGCAGCAACAAAUUGUCGCGCAGCAGCCGAAUCAGUUCCAACAGCUGAUCACUAGCUCGGCACCAGCCACUCCACAGCCCCCAAUGCAACAGUUGCACCAUCAUCAGCAGCAGCAGCAAGGACAGGUUCAGGUGCAGCAGCAGAUAAGCAUUCAACCGAGCAAGGGACAGCUGACGAAAAAGUCCUCCACUGCCGGGCAGAUAACGAUGUCGCUCGCGAACGGCAUCGUACCCGCCUCCAUCGGUGGCCCCGUGCCCGUGACGAUGCCAGCGUCAACCAUUACCAUCACACCCUCACAGCCGGCUAGCAUAACGCUUCCCACGGCCCCCUAUCCGAUGCCGUUGUACUCGAACAUUCCCACCAACGUGGUGAACCCGAUACAGCAGAUGACCGGUGGCAGCAACAACAUCAACACGAUCUCCUCAUCCACCGGUAACACCAACACCGUACAGAAUCGACCAACCAAUCGGGUCCUUCCGAUGCAGGCUUCCGUAAUGCUGCAGAAGAGCCCCGAGAUGUCGCAAACCCCUCCACCGGCACCGCUCAAGGUUCCCCUCAACCAGCACCAGCCGUGCUCGGAAAAGCUGGACGACAUGUCGAUCAUACCGAGCCAUCAAGCGAACACCACUCCCUUCACCACCACACCGGCGCCAUCGCCAAACGAUAUGCUGAAGCUGUCGGUCAACGAAAAACAACAGCUUGCCGGUGGUAAAGUGGAUCGCCUUGAGAUCGAAAUCAAACCCAUCGAAGUAAACCCACUAACACCGACGACGGCGACGACGUUGACGCCGGCGCACAGUACCCCAUCGCCAGUACCAUCGCAGCAACCGUCGCCAACCCAGGGUGCUUUGAUUUCCGAAUCAGCGCAGCCGGAAGAACUAACAACACCCAGCUUCCAGUUCAGUUUGAGCUUCGACGAGAAUGGAACGCUGAUACCGAUCGGCGGUGGGCGCAUUGAGCAGAGGCAGACCGUGCCGUUGGCAGCGCAGAUCGAAAUUAAACCUAUCCUUUCGAUGGCGGAUGGAAACAGGGUGACAGGGUCGGAACAACAACAGCAACAGCAACCACUGACACCGCAAGCAGAAUCGCAGGCAGAACUUGAUACCGCUGCCACGCAGCGUAUUGACGAGCUGAAACAUUCGCUCGAGGCUGAAACACAGGAGAUGCUGGCGGAAGGUCACAAUGACGGUGGAAGUGGUGUUACCUCACCCAGCCUGAAUGAUGAGUCCGACUCGCCAGAGAUUAAGGAUAAAAUUUCCGAAAUCCUUGACAAUCUCGAGCAACAAACAAAUCAGGAGGCGGCCGCGAACGGCAUGAACCACCAGUCCGAUGAUAUGCAACUGAAUGCGUACGCCGGUUUGGGCCAACCGAAGGAACAUGUUUCGGAAGAGCACUCCUCGAAUACGCUCCUGGAACAACAUCACCAACAUCAGCUGGAAUCAGAGGCCGAGUGUGCGGCCGAAACGGAACGCAUCGUAGCGGAACUGAACGAAGAGUUCCGAUCGGCAGCUACUUCACCAUCGAUUGCGACAACGGCGUCGACCGUGCCGCUCGAACAGCAACAGGGUGACGCGGCAGCAGCUACACAACCAUCGGCCACGAACUGCAUGUCCACGUCCAGUCUCGAACAGUCGCUGUUGACGAUCUCUUCCUCGAUGUUCGACGGCAAGAAGCACGACGUUUGCUACACAAACGAUCUUGGAAGCUACAAUGGUCUGGCAGCGUCCGGUGAUGGUAUGGGAAUUUGCACAGACAGUGAGUUGCUGAACGAUGGCGAUGCCGAGAGUGUCCUGUUUGGAAAGAUCCGACAGCCGGAACCAUCGCCAUUGUCCCAACCUUCCCCCACGCAACAUCACCAGCUUCACCAGCAGCUGCAGCUGGACGAGGAACUGGCGCAGUACGCCCAUAUGCCACCGCUUCCUCCCAAGCAACCGGUAAUGCCACGGUCCACCAGUCCGAAACUACUAUACGAGAUUCAAUCGCAGGACGGGUUCACGUACAAGUCGACCUCGAUCGCGGAAAUCUGGGACAAGCUGUUCGAGGCGGUGCAGAUUGCGCGACGUGCCCACGGCCUUACGGCACUUCCCGAGGGUCAGCUGAAGGAAAUGGCGGGCGUACAAAUGCUUGGCCUGAAGACGAACGCGAUCCGCUACCUGCUGGAGCAGCUGCCGGGUGUGGAAAAGUGCACCCAGUACAACCCACUGUACCACAAGAACCAUCCAUCGGGUGCCGGAGCGAAUGCAGGUGGCGCUUCGGGGAACGGAAUGGUCGGCGGUGGCAGCAACCCGUCGGCGCACGCGGACUACUUUGAUGAUCUCAAGGAAAACCCGUACGGUACGGCACGCUGCGAACCGUACAGUUCCCGCUCCGAGUACGAUAUGUUCAGCUGGUUGGCAUCGCGGCACCGCAAACAGCCGAUGCCAAUCGUUGCGCAAACCAUCGACGAUACGAUCAUCCCAAGACGCGGAAGCGGCAGUAAUCUUCCGAUGGCGAUGCGUUACCGUACGCUGAAAGAGUCGUCCAAGGAGUCGGUCGGUGUCUACCGGUCUCACAUUCACGGUCGCGGUUUGUUUUGUAACCGUGAUAUAGAAGCAGGCGAAAUGGUCAUCGAGUACGCCGGCGAGUUGAUCCGAUCGACGUUGACCGACAAGCGGGAACGGUACUACGAUAGCCGUGGCAUCGGUUGCUACAUGUUCAAGAUUGAUGAAAACUUUGUCGUUGACGCCACCAUGCGCGGCAAUGCGGCCCGUUUCAUCAACCAUUCGUGUGAGCCCAACUGUUACUCCAAGGUGGUCGAUAUUCUCGGACACAAACACAUCAUCAUCUUUGCACUGCGGCGCAUCGUGCAGGGCGAGGAGCUAACCUACGACUACAAGUUCCCCUUCGAGGACGUCAAAAUCCCGUGCUCGUGCGGUUCGAAAAAGUGCCGCAAAUAUCUCAACUAACGCCACGACAUCAUCCACAAUCCUCCCAUAUCCUGCCUGAUGAUGGGAAUGUCCGGAUUAAUAUGAACCGACGAUUAACAACUACUAGCGACGGUGUGAAGUUCCGCCCAAAAGGGGCAGAAUGGAGAGUCUCAAAACUAACCGACCAGCGCGUGUGCGAGACGAGUUUCGUGUAUGUAUCGAAAACAAUUGCACACCACUUACAGCGCCUCUCGCGAAUGCCAUCCCAUUUGGAAAACAGCAUGUACCAUAUCUAGUAACCAGUUAUUAUUAGCCAUAAAACUAUUUCCUAGCAGGACAGGGGCAUGAGCCGGCGGCUGAGUUAUUACUAUAUAAAUAUCGUAUGGUGUGUAGUGUACGCAUUCUGUGCCACGUUAGAAGCAACGAUUAAUGUUUCCUAAGUAAGUCAUAGAGGGAAAAGCGUGAUGAGAUGAGGUGAGAAGCAGCAGAGCGAUCCCAGUAUCCUUAUUCCGUGCGACAAAUGUAAUGCGACGACAGUUGCAAAUUCCUUCAGCACUUCAGACUCUCGCCUGGCAGGUUCAAACAUGUAAAUACUAUUAUUUUCUGUUUCCGUCUGCCCUCCUUAUGUUAGUUCCCCCUAGAUAUAUAGUCUUGUAUAGUAGUCAUGUAAAUAUGUGCACGGUCCAGUGCGUGCGCGUGUGUUUGUGUGUACUAGUAUUAAGUAUUUAUAUUCAAUUCUAUAGCUAAGACACUGUUUUUAAUGUUCAGCAUUACUGCGGGAAGGUACGCAACGGUAUGCAAGCAUAUGCAUCCGUUUCGACGCAUAUCCGCGUUUGUGUACGCAGAGAGAAAAGUGGCAAUAGUACCACUGCAUUGUCCCGUCUGUGGCAAUAGGCGGCUGCAGCGGCGAAGGGCCACAUUAGUCAUGUUUAAAGCUACAACUUUCUGCUCUGCUUUCCCAUCAGUGUGAUCAAAAGGAAUGGUGGGCAUUUCCCCCAUUACCAACAAUAUUUGCAUGUAUCGUUGUGUGCGAUAAGUGUUCCCGAGAAGGGAAAAGAUUGGCAGAAAUACACUCAUCAAUCGCUCCCCUAGUAGAAGGCCAUAAGGAAUGGAAUCGCUAAGCGAGGAGGAAGAUAUUUGCUCACAACCAUUUUGCAAAAACACUUUUAAACGUUUGGUCUAUGCAGGGAGUUCCAUGUCUAAACGUACAUGCAUGACUUGCAAUGACUUCAACUGGCUCUAUUCGUUGUGUCUGGAUGUAUGGAAAAUGCUCAAUGUAAAACUACCAAAAGUUACAAACUCAUGCACACACACUCACAUAUACAGUAAAGAUUAUUGUAAACUUAUAGGCCAAGGAAAGGAAUUUAAUCCAUACGAAAAUAGAGACAUUUUUGUACAAACAGUUA